AUGCUAAUACCGAAGCCUCUGAUAUUAUUCAUCGAUGCAUACGACAGCUUCUCGAACAAUAUAAUCUCGCUUCUGGAAACGACUCUCGAUGUUUCCGUCCGAACAAUAAAAAUCGACAACCCCGCCUUAGCCACCGAUGCUGGUUUGCAUGAGGAAUUGAGACACUAUGUUGCGGUAAUCUGUGGACCUGGUCCGGGACAUCCGGCGAAAGAAGAGGAUGUAGGUCUUAUAAGGAGAAUAUGGAAGCUCAGCGAGAAUGAGUUGCUGCCAGUUCUGGGGAUAUGCUUGGGCUUCCAGAGUUUGUGUCUCGAGUUUGGUGCGAAGGUUAGAAGAUUGAAAGGUCCGCAGCAUGGAAUCGUACGCCGAAUACAACACGCUGGAGAGAACAAGGUCGAGGGCCAGCAAUCGAUAUUCCACAAUGUUGGAGAGAUUGCCGCAACGCUUUACCAAAGUCUGUGCGUUGAUAUUGGCCAGGACUCAGUACCGAACGGGCAGUGGGAAGUACAAAAAUGGAAGCCCUCAACACGAUGUCCAGAUCUCCAGCCUUUAGCAUGGGUCGAGCAUGACCUGUCUAUUGCGAACGAUGCCGGUGUGGAAGAUGCUAGAGUUUUGGUUGCAGUUCAGCAUGUUUCGAAGCCAUUUUGGGCCCUUCAGUAUCACCCAGAGUCGAUUUGCACGAACCCGGAAAGUACGAAAGUCCUUGAACAAUGGUUUUUUCAUGCAACAUGCUGGAAUAAUCUUCAUCGGAAACGACGACUUAGCUUCGAUGGACCGAUACAAGGCCGGACUGCAGUGCGGGAGAGUCUGCUGUCACAGCAUGAGAAGACACGUCUGGAAAAAUUAGAUGGACAUAUGGGGCUGACCUCAAUUGUUCCCAAGAUCCACGCUGUGAAUGAUUUGGUCUGCCAUUCUCUUGUUGUUCCAAUCCCAGCAAAUGUCUCUGUUGUAGAGAUCUCGGAAAUCGUCCAAGGAGAUAGAGGUGAUCGUAUCGUUUUCGAGUCCUCGAACGCACAUGAGAAAUCUGUGGGGUCUGCAGAUGUUCGAGGGAAGUAUAGCAUAAUUGGCCUCGAGAUUGAUGACUGCUUGAGAUACGAAUACACUUCUGGAGAAAACAGUCUUCGUUCAAUUUGCCGCAAACCCGGAGAUCAAUAUUCUCAAAUUUUAGAUAUAGAUCCCUAUGGGGGGAUCUGGCCAUUUCUUGCAAAGCAUUUGGACCGCAGACAAGUGCUAAACGUCGUCCCAGCAGAGGUUGGCAAGGAAUCUCCUUUCUGGGGAGGUUUCAUGGGCUACACUACCUAUGAGCUAGGUCUCCAAAGCAUUGGAGUCAUACCUGUCAAGACAGGUGCCAGUAAUGUCGGUCGUCCCGACUUGUCAUUUGCGUGGGUCACCCGAAGCAUGGUAAUCGAUCAUGUCAAGAAUAUUAUCUACCUCCAGGAGCUAGCUCCGAAUUCUGAUGCUAGCAAAUCAGCUUCCUGGCAGAACAGAAUUCGCUCGCUGCUACAGAAUGCCCUCCCUCCAGUGAGCAACUUUCUCUUGAAUGGGACUAUGGUACAUAUUAGAAACAUGGCACGAUUACCAGCGAAGUUCACGCAGCGAAACCCUUUCCAAAGCACAUUACGAAACACCUCGAGCGAAUCCGUGCUUUCCAUCACCACCCCAGAAGAUGCCGAUUACGAGCAGAAGGUUCACAAGUGCCAAGAAUCCAUUCGCAGUGGCGAUUCCUAUGAGAUCUGCCUUACAGACCAAACACUGGUCACUCUCCGCAAAUCCCGCUCAAUUUCCUCCUGGGAUCUAUACAAGACUCUUCGUUCCCGCCAGCCAGCACCGUUCGCAUCCUAUAUUCGACUCGGCUCCGCAACUCUCGUCUCUGCAUCUCCUGAACGCUUCUUAAAGUACUCCGCAGAAGGAAAAUGCGAGCUUCGACCAAUGAAAGGCACCGUCCGGAAAUCCGCCGAGGUAUCGACCCUUGCACAAGCCACCGCGCUCCUCGAUAUCCCGAAAGAGAAAGCCGAGAAUCUGAUGAUUGUUGAUCUUGUGCGCCAUGAUCUUCACGGCGUGUGCGGAAGCGGGAAUGUUGCUGUCCCUAGGCUUAUGGUUGUAGAAGAGUACAAGAGCGUCUUCCAGAUGAUCUCAAUUGUCCAGGGACAAAUACCACAAGCUGUUGAUCCGGAUCUAAAAUGGCAUAUGCGUGAGAAGGAAGUCGAGGAGGCGAUGAGAAAGAGGUACACUGGACUCGAUGUUCUCGCAGCUAGUCUACCACCUGGAAGCAUGACUGGGGCGCCGAAGAAAAGAAGCUGUGAGAUCUUGCAAGAGAUUGAGGGUGGGAAAGACAGAAGCUUGUACUCGGGUGUAGUAGGCUAUAUGGACGUAGCCGGACGAGGUGACUGGAGUGUGACAAUCAGGUGCAUGUUCAAAUGGGACGACGAAGAUGGUGUUGAGAUUUUCGAGACUGGUGAGAAGAUAGAGACAGAAACUUGGCACAUCGGAGCCGGCGGUGCAGUUACAGCUCUCAGCACGGCAAGGGGAGAAAGAGAGGAGAUGUUGACCAAGCUAAGUGGUACGUUGGGAUUGUUUAGACAGUGACAUUUUGCAUAUACUGGGACUCACGUCGGCUAGCGUGGCGUUUUUGAUUACAACAUUCAACAAGAGGGGAUACUCAACGUAUUAGGGUCAUGGUCAGGCGUUGCAUAUACACGGCGGCUCAAAAUACUCAACGAUACCCAAUAGAUAGAAAGGG